AUGGACUCUAUCAAGAGAAAAUAUAUUAUGUUGUUCAAUUCCGUUUUGUUAGCAAUUGGUGCCACUGGCGGUCCACUUCUUCUCCGUCUCUACUUCGUCCGCGGUGGUAAAAGAAUAUGGCUUUCGAGUGCGCUAGGAAGUGCAGGUUGGCCGAUUUUAAUCCUCCCUCUUUCACUUUCCUACAUCUUCAAACGCGGCGGUGGUGGCGAAAAUGGCAGAGUCAAAUUUUUCACAAUCACACUACCUUUGAUCAUAUUUAGCGCUUUUAUCGGUUUACUAUUGGGGUUGAACGAUUAUUUAUACAGUCAUGGGGUUUCGCUUCUCCCGGUAUCGACAUCUACAUUGAUUAUGUCUACUCAUUUGGCUUUUACGGCUGGUUUUGCGUUUGUUCUUGUGAAACAGAAAUUCACUCCGUAUUCGACAAAUGCAGUUGUGUUAUUAACAGUUGGAGCUGUACUUCUUGGUCUUCAUUCGAAUGGUGAUAAACCCAUAAAUCAGUCGAACAGGGAUUACUAUUUCGGUUUCUUUCUCACGGUUGGAGCUUCUGUGAUCAGCGGAUUGCUAUUCCCAUAG